GUACCGAGCUUACAGUUGGGACCACGCGCGCGGUGGAACGGGACUAAGAGUACAAGGCUUUCUUCUUUCGGCACGCACGUAGAUAUGCGGCGCAAAAACCUGUAGCAAUAAAGAAGACAUACAGAGAGGACGUCACUUUGACACAGCUGUCAAGAGCAAAAACGGCGUCUGUUCACUUGGUACAGUAGCGUUCAACUACUUUGGAAGUUGUGUUCUGUUCUUUGAUCAUAAGACUCUUGACUUGACUUUGAAAUUGACAGUUGCGGGACUUUUCAUUUCUGAACACACGUUCAGGAAGAUUGGCUCUUGCAUUUUUUUUUUUUUUUUUUUCUCCAGCCAGCGCGGUGCUCAAUAAUCGGCACCGGUACUGUUUCUGGACGCUUUAUUCAGAUCUGUGCUCUGUCCUGCUUAUAGCCGGCAUAGAAGUCGCCUUUAUAAGUGCAUUACGGUUUUUUUUCCCCUUCCCUCUCACCACAGAACGUCCGGUGCUUUUAUUUUGUGCUUUGAGUCAUAUGUCUACAAAAAUGGAACAGCCGUUUUAUCAUGACGACUCGUUUCUCUCUGCUUAUGGUCACUCAGACGCAGCUCUGCACGACUACAAGCUCCUUAAGCAGAAUAUGAACUUGAACUUGACCGAGCCUUAUCGGAACCUGAAGUCCCAGCUGCGAGCCGACACAGAUUUCUACCAGGCCACCAGUUCCGACGUGGGCUCGCUGAAGCUCGCGUCUCCCGAGCUGGAGAGACUGAUCAUCCAGAACAGCAACGGUGUCAUCACCACCACGCCCACCCCCGGCCAGUACUUCUACAGCCGCGGGAUCACCGAGGAGCAGGAGGGCUUCGCGGACGGCUUCGUCAAAGCUCUGGACGAGCUGCACAAGAUGAACCAGCUGCCUCCGCCCAACGUGUCAAUCGGAGCCGGUGGGGUGACGACGUGCACGGCGGCUUCCAACGUCUAUGGCUCCUCCCUGCAUCACGAGCCCCCUGUUUACACAACACUGAACACCUGCUCUCCCAACACUAACCUCGCCUCGGGAUCCAACUACCCUACGGCCACCAUCAGCUACCUGCCCCAUCACCACCAGUAUCAGCAUCAUCCGAGCACGACGCACCCCUCGCAUCAGUACCAGCACUCGCUGCCCGGAGCCGGGCUGCAUCCGCCGCGGCUCGUGGCCCUGAAAGAGGAACCUCAGACCGUCCCUGAUCUGCAGAGCAGCGACGGCUCUCCCCCCAUGUCCCCGAUCGACAUGGAGAGCCAGGAGCGGAUCAAAGCGGAGCGCAAGAGGCUCAGGAACCGGCUGGCGGCGACCAAGUGCAGGCGGCGCAAACUGGAGCGCAUCUCCCGCCUGGAGGAGAAGGUGAAAAGCCUGAAAUCGGACAAUGCGGGCCUGUCGAGCACCGCCUCCGUGCUGCGGGAACAAGUGGCGCAGCUGAAACAGAAAGUGAUGACACACGUGAGCAGCGGCUGUCAGCUCAUGUUGACGACCAAGAUGAAGUCCUUCUGAAGCAUGAGGAUGACAUGCUGGACACUGGUAUGAGAAAUGAAACACUGGAAGACUUGUUCACAAAUGUUUUCUUUGUAAAACGAACUUUUGCAGCACUGGAAUCUUGAUUUCAUUGAUGUUGAACCGUUUGUAUGUUUUCAUUUUGAAAAAUUACUUGUUAUUGUCUUGUUCGCAAUACCUGAAAUACAGACAAGGAUUCUGUUUUGUUUUUAUUUCGUUUGGUGUCUUUAGAAAGGUACUUUCUAACGCAAUACACGGGCGUGGUUUUAAAGCACCAUGUCGGUGAAACGCUCAGUCGAGACGCCCGGGCCUAUUCCGCGUUUAUUUGUUUUGGAAUGGGACUGAGUGUCUUAAAGUCAAAUACAUGUGAUUUUUAUCAUUUUGGUGCAUUUUUAGUAAGUUAUUAUGUAUUGUCAGGUUGAUCUUGACGAUGUUAUGUUUACGUUGUUUAUUUUCAUACAAUAUUUAAGUAAAAACAGAUAAAUCAGC